AUGCGACAACUCGGUCUCACUAUGCGCCGGCUCCAAUCCCCCCUUCGAGUUGCCUUGGCCAUGACGAUCAACAAAGCCCAAGGUCAGUCACUCGAUUGUGUUGGCGUCAAUCUCCCUGCAUCCCGUCUUUACUCAUGGGCAGCUGUAUGCGGCAUUGUCUCGAGCCAUGAGUGUUGGCCGAGUCCCACGUGUUUGUCCCCUCUCGCGUGCUACCCCGUCGAUGAUGACGACGACCAACAAGCCUUCGAUCGGCUGCCGCAACCACCGUGA